ACGAAAAGCGCUCCUUGCAUGUAUGACGAAGAUGGCGAAAGAGUGUAUGUUAUUCGAGCGCUACUGGACCAGCUUCGCCAAGGUGGACGCAAGCAGUACCUCUGCUCAUGGGUGGCCCUGCCUGAAAGCGAGAACUCCUGGGAGUUCGAA